AUGAAGGCGGAGGAAAAGAAGAGGCCUCCGCAGCAGCAGCAGCAACCGCAGCAGCAGCAGCAGCAGCAGCAGAAGCCGCGGUCGCCUGAGUGGGCGCGCCCCACACCGCUCCCUAUGGCCAGCAGCACUAUCCCUGUGGCUGUCUUUACUCCAGAGGACAAACCAACAGCAGCAGCAGCAACAGCAGCGGCAGCUGCUGCUGCUGUCCUCCCGGGGAUGCUGAGAGAUAGCUUGGCUAUGCCGAAGACAUCCCAAAAGCCGCCGUUGCAGCAGCAGCCACAGCAGCAGCAGCAGCAGCAGCAAAGGCCCGCCGCGCCGCGCACUUCAUCUCCGAGACCCGCUGAAGGCCGCGGGUCGGCAGCAGCACCUGCUGCAGCAGCGCCUGCAGCAGCACCUGCUGCGGCAGCGCCUGCUGCAGCAGCACCUGCUGCAGCAAUGCCCACUGCAGCAGCACCUGCUGCAGCAAUGCCCUCUGCAGCAGUAGCAGCAGCACCUGCACCUGCUGCAGCAGCCCCUGCUCCAGCAACACCUGCUGUAGCGAUACUUGCAGCGCCACCUGUUGCAGCAGCACCUGUUGCAGCUGCACCAGCUGCAGCAGCACGUGCUGCAGCGGCACCUGCUGCAGCACCACCUGCUGCAGCGGCGCCUGCUGAGGCAGCGCCCGCUGCACCAACACGUGCUGUAGCAGCACCUGCCGCAGCAGCACCUGCUGCAGCAGCACCUGCUGCAGCAGCACGUGCUGCAGCAGCAACUCUUGCCACCCCAGAGCCUGUGGAAGCCUCCCCAAGAAGGAGGCGGUCUCGCUCUCCUGCUGGCAGCAGCAGAGGCCGGCUGUCGCCUGCUGCUUCUCCAAAGCCUGCUGCAGCAAGGGCAGGCAGCAGCAAGCCAGCAUCUCCAGCAGCAGCAGCAGCAGCAGCACCUGCUGCUUCAGCCGGCAGCAGCAGCGCAAAGAAGACAAGCCCGAAGGACGCGUGGGGCGACGACGACGUUGAGGAGAAAGAGGAGAAGCCUGUGCAGUCCCCCCCUGCUGCUGCAGCAGCAGCUCCAGCAGCAGCAGCAGCAGCAGUUUAUUCCAUUGGAUUCCUAGCCAAAAUCAAAGGACACCCUAGCUGCCAGCCCCCCAAAGUGAAUGCUGUCUUCCGCCUGGCGGACGGCGCCUUCUUCUUGCCGCAGGCAGCACUGCAUCCGCAGCCACCGCAGCAGCAGCAGCAGCACCCGCAGCAGCAGCAGCAGCAGCAGCAGUUCAGGUCGAGGCAGCAGCAAGGCGCUAUGGACCACCAGGAGUGGCAGAGAAGGCCUAGAGACGCGGGAGCGCAUGAAGACACAAUGAGGAGCUUCGGAGCAGCACGGUCGGCGGGGCCCCCGGGGGCCCCCCGUGGCGCUGCUUCUUUGGGGGGUUUCUUCUCUCAAGAGAAGCCUCCAGACUUCAGCAGCGUGAGGCGGGAAAGGCCCAAAGCAGCAGCAGCAGCAGCAGGAGCAGCAGGAGCAGCAGCAACACUUCCUGCGCCUUCUAAGGACUCUUGGGUGGUCAUUCAGGAGAAGCAAAAGGAGGACGCGCAAAUGGUGCUGUUGCGGCACCUGAAGGGCCUGCUGAACAAACUCACAAUUGAACGUUUUGACAGAAUUUAUCAGCAAAUUUUAAAUGCUGGAAUUAAACAAGAAAAAGAAGUCAAGGCCCUCAUGCAAAUGAUUUUCGACAAGGCCGUUUCCCAGCACCACUUCAUACAAAUGUACGUGAUGCUCUGCGGAAAGCUGAAGACGGACUUCCAAGAGCUCCUUCAAGACGACCACAGGAGCACCAAGUUCCGAAGGAUUCUUAUUGACCAGUGCGAAGACUCCUUCAACGCCAACUUGGAGCCAAUUGCAGUCCCGCAGGGCCUCAGCGAAGACGACGCCUACGAGUUUGAAUUGAACUACAAAAAGACAAUGACAGGGAACAUGAUAUUUGUGGGGGAGCUGCUGAAGUCGAAGAUGAUAUCGCAGGCCAUUCUGCUGGAGUGUAUAGACAGGUUGCUGCAGAAACGCUCCGAGUGUAUAGACACCUCAAACUCCAAAGACCAGGGAGUCCACCACGUCGAAGCCCUCUGCGCUUUUCUCCACACCGUCGGGCCCUUCUUCGACAACCCCCAGUGGCGGUUGUACGGGGAGUUUUGUUCGCGAAUGAACGCCGUGGAAACCCUCGCGAAAGACAAAAGUCUCCCUUUUAGGGUUCGGUGUUUAAUGACGGAUGUUUUGGACUCGAGAAGUGUGGGGUGGCGUCGGCAGGCCCCACACCAGCGCGAGGGCCCCACGACUCUGGGGGAGCUGCAUGCGCAGCAGCAGCAGCAGCAGCAGCAGCAGCAGCAGCACCCCUACAACCCCCAGGCCAACCCCGCACAGCCCAGAGACAAACACCACCAUGAUGAAGGCGGCUGGGAAGUUGCUUCUGGAAAAAGGGGAGCAGCAACCCACGCCAGGACGCCCUCCAGCGCCAGCUCCAACGCGCUUUCGGGCCUCGGCGGAGGCGGCCAGUCGGCCUUUAGCCAAUUGGGCCGCAUGCGACAAGAGCGCGAGCGGGACCGCCGCCACCAGUUGGGAGGCCGUUUGCUGCUGACAGAAGAGAAGAAGAAAAAGAAAGAAACUGCCAACGCAGCGAUACCCCCUCCCCCCGCCGCAGCGAGCCCGAGCAGCAGCAGCAGCAGCAGCAGCAGUAGCAGCAGCAGCAGCGCGGGCUUGCUGGACGCGGAAGCUGCGAGGGUUUUGGCGAGGCGAGAGUUUGGGGAUUUGCUUUGCAUGUCAGCAGCAGAAGCUUUGGAGGUUUUCUCAGGCAUUGAGGGGGCAACUCAAGAGGCACAGAAGGCCCUGCUGCUGGAGCUGCUGCUGCUGGCAGCAAACAAACUGACCUCGGACAAGCCGCAGCAGCAGCAGCAGCGCAAAACGCUUUUUAAGAACAUGGUGGCCGUGGCGGCGUCUCCAGCUUUUCCUCCCGAAACCCUAAAACAAGGCCUGAGGGAGUUCAUGGGGCUUACUGGAGACGGAGAAGGCCUUUAUAGAGACUUGCUGCUGGAUGCUCCUCACUUGCCGAGUUUUAUGCGAGAGUUCAUUGACGUUAUUGAAGGCAAACCCUAA